GAGGCCGUGCGCGAGCGAGCAGUCAGUGCGCCGGCGCGGCGGAGCUGUGGGGCCCCGGGGUGGGAGCGGGCUGCGGGACUCGUUGUUUGGCGCCGGAGGCCCGUGACUCAACCGUCCGCGUUCCACCGCUCCGCGGAAAGCCUUCGCCAGGGACCGGGCCGGCAGCGAAGCCCGCGAGUCUCUCCCCAUGGUGUCCAUGACUUUCAAGCGGAGCCGCGGCGACCGGUUCUACAGCACCCGGUGCUGCGGCUGUUGUCAUGUCCGCACCGGGACCAUCAUCCUGGGGACCUGGUACAUGGUGGUCAACCUAUUGAUGGCAAUAUUGCUGAUCGUGGAAGUGACUCAUCCAAACUUAAUGCCCGCUGUCAACAACAUUCAGUAUGAAGUCAUCGGUAAUUACUACUCAUCGGAGAGGAUGGCUGAUAAUGUCUGUGUUCUUUUUGCCGUCGCUGUGCUUACAUUUAUAAUCAGUUCAGUUCUGGUAUAUGGAGCAAUUUUUUAUCAAGCAGGCUGGCUGAUCCCAUUCUUCUGUUACCGGCUUUUUGACUUCGUCCUCAGUUGUCUCGUCGCUAUCAGUUCUCUCACUUACUUGCCAAGGAUCAAAGAAUAUCUGGAUCAGUUACCUGAUUUUCCCUACAAAGACGACCUCCUGGCCUUGGACUCCAGCUGCCUCCUGUUCAUUGUUCUCAUGUUCUGUGUGGUCUUCAUCGUCUUUAAGGCUUAUCUAAUUUACUGUGUUUGGAACUGCUAUAAAUAUAUCAACAGCAGAAACAUGCCAGAGAUUGCCGUGUACCCUGCCUUUGAAGCACCUCCACAGUAUGUGUUGCCAACCUAUGAAAUGGCUGUGAAGAUGCCUGAGAAGGACCCGCCGCCUCCUUACCUGCCUGCCUGAGGACGUUGUGCCUUUGUCAAUAAACCCCAUGCCAGCCUUCUGUCUUGUUUUAUUCUACAGAAUGCUGCCGUGCAGGGCUCUUCAGACUUGUUUGGUAUCAAAUACAUUGUCUUCUGUUUUGUUUAAGCAUUUAUUUUCAAACACUAAGGAGCUUUUUGGGACAUCUAUUCAAUGUCUUUUUGUAAAGUGUGUUACAUGUUAAUACUUUUUCAGGACAAUCUAGGUCACACAGGAGCAAGUGCCAUCAUAUGCCUUUAAUGGCGGGGCGGGUGGGGUGGGAGUCCUGCCCACGUAUUUUCCUUUUAAACUUUGCACUUUCUUUCUAUAAUGAUGUGCAUUUUGGUCAUUGGCUGCCCUGGUACCUUCAGGAAGAAUGAACUACAUAUUCAGGAUGAGUGUGUUGGAUUGAAGAUCUGAAGUUAGCUAUGCAAAUAGGAAAAACAGCAUUUUGGUUGACUGAAAGAUAAUGGUUGCAUGUUUCUAAUUUGUAUUUUUUCCAUCUUUGUGAUAAGAUGCUUUAAUAAAUCUCUUGAAUAUU